AUUCGUCAUCUUCUUUAUAUUCUGCUGCUUAAUCCCUAAGCUUCUCAAACCAUCCUCUUUCUCUGCUUUUCUGUCUUUUGAACUUUCACACGCCACAACUGUGUCUUCUUGUCCGAUCAAAAUAACCCAACUGGUGCAGGAGAGAGAGAGAGAGAGAGAGAGAGAGAGAGAGAGAGAGAGAAACAUCAGAAUGGGAAAGGAUAGGAAGAUUGGCGUUGCCAUGGACUUCUCAAAGAGCAGCAAGAACGCGCUGGAAUGGGCUGUGGACAAUUUGCUUGACAAGGGUGACACCCUUUACAUCAUCCACAUCAACCCCAACUCCCUCGACGAGUCUCGUACCCAACUCUGGGCCCAAUCUGGUUCUCCUCUGAUUCCAUUGACAGAGUUCAGAGAGCCCGAGAUCAUGAAGAAGUAUGAUGUGCAAACUGAUAUUGAAGUUCUUGAUACACUUGACACUGCUUCCAGGCAGAAAGAGGUGAACAUUGUGACAAAACUGUACUGGGGAGAUGCAAGGGAGAAGCUUCUUCAAGCGAUUGAAGAUCUGAAGCUGGACUCUUUGGUCAUGGGAAGCAGAGGCCUUGGUACCAUCAAAAGGAUCCUGCUGGGGAGUGUGAGCAACUAUGUGCUGACAAAUGCUCCAAUCCCUGUGACCAUUGUCAAGGACCCAAGCUUGCAACACCAUUGAAUCAUGGACAGUUGGAAACUUUGGAUUUGGUUUUUCAAUAAUGUUUCAUCACCUUGGACAUGGGUAUUGCUUGAUGAUUUUUAUGUUUUACUUUAUCGUGGUUUGCUAGAACAUUUCAAGUUAUGAUGUCGAACGGAUGGAAAUGUACUCUGUUUUGAAUAGCAAGGAAUUUGGUUGGGCUCCAUUGGUUCU